UUCCGCCUGACGUACAGGCGGCCAUAUUACAUUAGCGAACACGCUCGCGCACAGCAAGCCGUUGUUGACGCUGUGUUUUUAGGCAAGCUCUCUCGGUUAGUGUCACGAUGAGCGGCGGCACGCCGUAUAUCGGCAGUAAGAUCAGUCUGAUCAGUAAAGCGGAGAUCCGCUAUGAAGGCAUUCUCUACACCAUCGACACGGAGAACUCCACCGUCGCGCUCGCCAAAGUGUGCUCCUUUGGCACCGAGGACCGACCCACGGACCGUCCCAUCGCACCCAGAGAUGAGAUAUUUGAGUAUAUUAUAUUCAGAGGAAGUGACAUCAAAGACCUGACGGUGUGUGAACCUCCCAAACCGACAUGCUCUCUGCCUCAGGACCCCGCCAUUGUUCAGUCCUCUAUGGGAUCUUCCACUGCCCCACCAUCAUCCUUCCAGACUGGGAACUCCUAUGGGCUGUUCAACCGUCCACAAGUCACGCCAUACACCCAGUUCAACCCCAGCCCACUGGUCUCACCGCGGUUUGGCACUGUUGGAGUCGAUCACACCAAUCUGGCUCUGGACCCUCUGCGAAAGAACCCCCCAGCGGAACCUGCUGCCUCAUCAGCACCUGCUCCCACAGCCGUGGCUCGCAAGAGCCCCGUGGAGACUCGCGCAGCCUCCACCAACACACAGACGCCUGUGGACCUCACAGAACAUACUAGAGCUGGUGGUCCUCCUGCUGCGCGCCGCGGUUGGGCCGGAGGUCAUCGUGGUAGAGGACGGUUCCCUGUGCGAAGAGAAGGACCCAUGAAGUUUGAGAAAGACUUUGACUUUGAGAGCGCCAAUGCUCAGUUCAACAAAGACGAGAUUGACAAAGAGUUCCAGAGCAAACUCAAACUGAAAGAUGAGAAGUCCGAGAAAGCUUUGAAUGGCGAGGAUAAGGGUGAUUCUGGGGUCGACUCUCGGAACAACGAAGGAAACGUUGAUGAGGAAGAUCCUCUCAGACCAAAAUGCUACUACGAUAAAUCCAAAUCCUUUUUUGACAACAUCUCCUGUGACGACACAAGGAAGGAGAGGUUUGGAGGGUCCGGUUUCCCCCGAGAGAGGAGGCAGACCUGGGCGACGGAGCGGAGGAUGAACGCAGAGACGUUUGGCCUCCCGUUGCGGCGGGGCCGCGGAGGCUUCAGAGGUCGCGGUGGCAUGGGCUUCAGAGGGGGCCGGGGCCGCGGAGCCGGAUGGGGGUCGUUCGGAUCUCACCCUGGUGGAAGUGGCUUCAGAGGGGCAUUCAGAGGAAGUCAAGGAGGAAGAGAGUUCUCUGAUUUUGAAUACAGGAAGGAUAACAAAAUCGCUGCAUAGGGAUGAGAGGAAGUGGAUCCAGAAGACCUGAUUUGUGUGGGAACUGCAUUUCAGGGCACAUGUUUUGCUGAGAACGAGGAGAUAAACGUACGUCUUGUAAAUCUGUCACCAGCACUGGGGUUCGACUGCUUGAAACCUGGAUAUUAAUGAAACACCUGCUCCAUUUCUUCCUGAGGAGUGGAACACAUACUAUUUUUUGAAUUGUUAAUUUGAGAAGAAUCUCUCCAGAUGGUUUCAAAUAUAUUAUGAUUUCUGAGGGACUUACUUUUCCUUAGUUUGUUGACCUUCAAUGCUCAACCUGAAUUUGAUCUUCUGCUGCUUACAGCUAACAGAUUAUAAUCUCAAACAAUGCAUCGUGAUGGUUCUGAUCACUGAAUGAGCUUUAUUUUUGACUUGUUUGCUAUAAAGUAUCUUAGUGUAUUUAGCAUCAAAAUAGACUGCCUGGAACUCAGUUAUACAUAGUUAUAUUUUUCUAACGUAAUUUCAUUCAACCUCAAACAUCACUAUUCCUAUUCCUGCAGUAAGUAGAUUUUUCUUUUUCUUUUUAAUAUAUAUAAACUAGUACGUUGGACGUAGAUUUCUUUGGAUGUAUCGAUCCCUUGUAAGAGGUCUGUAGUUUCUAGUGAGGUUUCUCAUCAGGGCAAGCGCUUCAAGACGUUUCACUAAAGGAUAUUUUAGAUAUAAUGGAGAAAAACACAGAAAUGCAGUCUUUAGGGAAACGGUUCCUUACGAAUAUGAAAUAGCACAACUUUAAAUGACACGAUGUGGUCAACCAGUGCAAAGCGACCUCUGUGAUCUGUUUAUAUAUUCUGUGGGUUUGAUUUAUAUUUGAUGAGGUCCACUUUGCAGUGUGUAGCUCUUUGUAGCAGAUGUUUACCGAUAAGUGAACGUCCAUCUUUACUAAGGAAAUAAUGCUACUCUGUGAGUCUACAGAAACCUAUGCUGCGGCUACUUUGACGAUGCAUUCUUGCCACUUUUGAGCUUCUACCGCUAACAAUUAUAUGCCUGUCCUUCAACAUUCUUCACCUCAUAAAACAUCAGGUGAAACAGGCAUGUCACACUGAGCCUAGAGCUGGCUGGAAGAUUAUUCAAUAGCACUGCUUCCCAGUGGGUGGUUUCUUCUGUUUCUGUCUUUAAUGUGAGCGAAAGCUGGACCGUUGAAAAGCCACAAUGUGUUGUGUUCUGUAAUGCAGAUGCUGUUUAUCUUUUCCCAUCGCUCCUCGUUCAGCCGCGGUGCGUUUUAUAGCCACUGACUGCACUAGCAUGAUGUCAUAGGGUCAUGUGACCUCAUGCACAUUGUGAUGUCAUAGCCACACCUACGCAUCGCUCAAGAUGUCACUUCAGCCGCGUUUUGAUUGGAUACAUUUCAUUUUGUAACCAAAUUCACAUUAUACUCGCAGUGGAAUAAGUAAAAUGCUGCGAUUUAAAGUCGUUUUUUUUUUUUAUAGAUUUAUAACUGAAGUUGAAGGUUUGAUAUUUUAACUGGCCAGUUUUUCAUCUCUCCGUUCGCUUCAGAUUGGAUUGUGUGGCGUAUGGCUGUGACAGCACUGCAAAAAUGGUUUCGUUUUGUUAAAUGUUUGUUUAAACGGUUGGGAUCGGUGGGUCAGUUGAUAACGAAAUAAACUGUUUUCAGAUUAUAGCGUGUAUUAAAGUCCAAGUUUGUAAGACGCAGAACAUUUUGAGUUGUGGAUCUUGUGUGAAUAUCCUUUUGCACUUGUCAAGCUCUUAAAUUCAGAGCUGCUUUAUUCCGGUAAUAAACGUUCAUUUGUAUCUGACUAAAGUGAAUCUUCAUCUGAAGCACAUGGACAUGAUUUAAUUAGGGCUUCAUAAUUAACUCCUCAAUAGGAAAAAAAUAAUAAACAUCCAUGUUGUCCUAAAAUAUAACUUUUUUUUUAUAUAUUCCUAUAUAAUUAUUAGGAGCGUUAGGGUAUUAUUAGUUUGUUGACUUGAUUCCAGAGUUUUCUUUAGAGGCUGUGUGUUAGUGUAAAUUCCAGCGGUGUGUUU